AUGGCACCGCCACCCCCACUUCUCGUACAGCCUAUGCAAGAUUUGCAAAGUGAUGACCGAACAAUAGCUCUUACCAAAGAGUUUAAGAAGAUGAAACCGCCGGCAUUCGACGGGGGGGUGGACCCAUUGAAGGUUGAGGCUUGGGUCAUCGGCAUAGAAAAACUAUUUGAAGUAUUUCCAUGCCUUGAAGCACAGAAAGUACAGUUGGUAACAUUUACACUUGAAAAUGAAGCGAGAAGGUGGUGGAUGUUAAUUAGUGAGAAUAACAAGGGCAAUCUAACUGUGGCAGAAUACAAAGCAAAGUUUACAGAAUUGGCCAAGUUCGCACCGCAUAUUGUCGACACUGACUAUAAAAAGGUAAGAAAAUUUGAGGGUGGUCUUCACAAUGAUAUUCAAGAAAGAGUAAAUGUAUUGAAACUACCUACUUACGUUGAUGUGCUAGAUCGGGCUUUAAUGUUAGAAACUAAUAUGGCUAAUCAGAGUAGACCGCCAACUGACUGGAAAAGUACGAGAGAGGGCUUUUUCUCAAAGAAGGAAUCGUUGAAAAAGCAAAAUACGGGAUCCUUAAGAACUUCGAACUCCACUAGAGAUACGACACCAACAUGUAAUCAGUACGGUAAGAAACACAGUGGGGUUUGUUACCAUAUUUCUGGAGCUUGCUUUAAAUGUGGUAAAAUGGGAUAUAUGGUAAGGGAUUGCACCCAAAAUGAACAACAAAGAAGUGGAAAACCGGCAACUAGUUUGUUUGGACCAAUCCCAAAGCUAGGGAAUACUACGAGGCCUGUUACUACCAGAGAUACAAUAAGACAAGGGAGAGUCUUUGCACUCGUCCCGGAUGACACACGAAAUACUGAAGUUGUUGUCUCAGAUUAUAUCCCUAUUGUUAGAGAAUUUCUGGAUGUAUUCCCAGAUGAAUUGCUAGAAGAAUUGGCUGAUAGAGAAAUAGAGUUUGCUAUUGAUGUUGUACCAGGCACCUAA